AGAGUAGUGGUCCUUAAUUCACAGCAAACGUAUAGCUCACCAUUGUCCAAUCACUGUAAAAUCGGCAGAGGAUCGAGUGACUCCUUGAAAACAACCAAAACCCGUCUUAUAAAAAACAACAAUGCAUUUCAUUAUACAUGAUGAGGCGUCUGUAACAUGUGUAACAUGUGGUUCGAGUUGUUCUUAACCCCACUUCUCAAUCCAUAGAGAGUAAAAUACCAAUAAAGAUAUGAUCUUUCUUUGGUUGGCACUGCAAUUUUUAGUUAUCUGGAAUGAUGAGAUAAGUUAAGUGUUUCGGUGAAGACAAGAAAAUUAUUAAUACAAAACUGUAUAUGGGCAUGCUUCCCUAACUAUGAAGAAUGUUGGAAUAUCAUGCAAGAGUUCCAUGCAAGUUAACACGAAAACCAUCCUUGUACGUUCGUUUUGGAAUAAGCUAGUUGCUUAGAGCUUACAUGUUCUGACAUAUAACUGCAUCAUAAAACAUUCUUGGUUUCUGGGAAAUUUGGUUUCUAGCCUUUUCCAACUGCCCUGCAAAUUCGCAACAAAUUCCUGCAAACAUGUGGGCAUUCAGAGUUGACAGAAUGUUCUGUGGAAUGUUAUAUAUCAUUCUCCUAUUUUGUCUCAAUUCUCUUGCACUCUGCAAUGGAUCCACAUUCUUCAAUACCCAGAUCUCCAAUCAGAAUCAAGAUGCUCUGUGUGGAACGGGGUUCAGAUGCAUUAACAGAAGGAUUUUAAGGCAGUGUUCAGACCGGACUUCAUAUGUAAAAAUUAAUUUGAGUACAAGUGGACCCCUUGAAGAUGAACAGUUCGUGAAUGUGACUAUCGAGGGGAUGUUGAAUCCCAAGGAUGAUGAUUGGGUUGCCAUGAUUUCACCUUCAAGUGGCAACAUCACCGAUUGUCUUUUGAAUGGCUUCCUCUAUAUCGAAACUGGAGAUCUGCAAUCACAUCCUCUAUUAUGUCACUACCCUGUGAAGUCCCAGUUCAUGAAAAAUGAUCCUUCCUACAAAUCAUGCAAGAAAAGCAGAUGUGAAAAAAAGAAGGGCGGGCGUUGUGUAGUGAAGACAUGCAGUGGCUCUGUAACAUUUCACAUUGUGAAUAUACGCACAGACAUAGAGUUUGUUCUUUUUGGAGGUGGUUAUGAUAAUCCCUGCAUCCUUCACAGGUCUCAGCCUCUCAAGUUCUCCAAUCCAAAUAUGCCUCUUUAUGCACAUCUCUCAAGUAUAGACUCCACAGGCUCCUCUAUGAAAGUAACAUGGAUCAGCGGAAGCAAUAGGACCCAGUUUGUAGAAUAUGGACCUGGAAUUCUUUCCAGGUCCAAUGUUACUACUUUCACUCAAGCUGAUAUGUGUGGUAGCCUGCUCGUUCCAAGCCCAGCUAAAGACUUUGGAUGGCAUGAUCCAGGAUAUAUCCAUACAGCCCUAAUGAAUGGACUUCUUCCGUCAUCCAACUACGUUUACAAAUAUGGAAGCGAUGAUGUGGGGUGGAGUAAUAGUGUAGAAUUGUCUACCCCUCCUGCAGCAGGUGCAAGCGAUCUUAGAUUUCUUGCCUUUGGGGACAUGGGCAAGGCUCCCCGUGAUGCAUCUGAUGAGCAUUACAUUCAGCCAGGAUCACUAGGAGUUAUAAAGGCCAUGACAGAAGAAGAAGAUGUGGAUUCUGUGUUCCAUAUUGGAGAUAUCAGCUAUGCAACGGGGUUUCUUGUAGAAUGGGACUUCUUCCUCCAUAUGAUCUCUCCACUUGCUUCCCGGGUAUCUUACAUGACUGCCAUUGGAAAUCAUGAAAGAGAUUUUCCGGGCAGUAACUCGGUAUACGAAUUGACAGACUCUGGAGGAGAAUGUGGAGUUUCUUACGAGAAAUACUUUCCCAUGCCAACAUUCGCUGAGGACAAGCCAUGGUAUUCAAUCAGUCAAGGACCAGUUCAUUUCACAGUGAUCUCUACCGAGCAUAACUGGACUGUGGGUAGUGAACAGUAUGAAUGGAUAAGGCAUGAUUUGGCUUCCGUGGACCGCAAGCAAACUCCGUGGCUUAUUUUCACAGGCCAUCGACCCAUGUAUUCAAGUAUAGAUGAUGGAUUGCUAUCGAUACCUAGCGUAGACGACAAAUUCGUUUCAGCUAUUGAACCACUUCUUCUCAAAUACCAGGUAGAUUUGGUGCUGUGGGGUCAUGUUCACAACUAUGAGCGUACAUGCGCUGUAUUUCAGAAUACCUGCAAAUCUCUUCCUGAGAAGGACGUGAAAGGCAUAGAUACCUACUCUGCCAUCAAUUACAGUGCACCCAUUCAUGUGGUUAUUGGGAUGGCAGGAUUUUCUCUGGAUAAGUUUCGAUCCAACGCUGAUAGCUGGAGUUUGGUACGCUUCUCUGAGUUUGGGUAUUCUCGUGUGCAUGCAACCACGCACCAAUUGUUGUGUCAGUUUGUAAAUUCUGAGACGAGAGAAGCGAGGGACACAUUCAAAAUUAUUAAGUAUUCAUCUGCCAUGUAGACACUUCUCCUAAAUGAUUCAGUGUAUUUCUGCCUCGCUCUUUAUUUUUCUCCUUAAAAGGAAUUCAAGAAACAUGGUCUUCGUUACAACCCAAAAAUUAUUGGACGACAUUCUUUUAACAAAACCAGAUCGAUGAACUGCGAGAACAAUUCUUUGUUUGGUUCAACACUUCUGACGUAGGAAAGGGUGAAUGAAAGGCCAUAGAUUGUUUGACUGUUGGAAGAGUCGCAGUGAUAUUUAAAAUUUAUAAAAUUUAUUGAUUAAAUAAUGUUAGAAAUUUGUAAGCAAUGAAAAGUUAGAUUUUGGGUUUAUUAGAUGUAAUUAGACAAUGGUAUUGAUUCAAACAUAUUUCAUCUAGUAAAUUCCAAUUUAAGAGCCAAGGAAAAUGUGAU